AUGGUUGUUGCAGCCGUUGGUGUCGACCAUGACCUACUAGUAUCCUUGUCCGAAUCUUUGUUCGACCCAUCAAAGGCUAUAUGGGCCAGUGAUUCCAGUAUUGUACCUUCAAAUAUACCACUUAUUGAUAAUUCGGUUGCUCAAUAUGUAGGUGGUGAAAAGUUGGUUGAAAAAGAUUUAAGUAAUAUGGCUCUUGGUCCAUCUCCGUUUCCGAAUCUUGCCCAUUUAGUUAUUGGAUUCGAGAGCUGUGGUUUUAAAGAUGAUGAUUUUGUUGCUUUUUGCGUAUUGCAAUCAUUGAUGGGUGGUGGUGGAAGCUUCAGUGCUGGUGGUCCAGGAAAAGGAAUGUAUACUCGUCUCUAUGUCGAUGUACUUAAUAGGUAUCCGUGGAUGUACAGCGCCACUGCUUUUAAUCUCUCUUAUGCUGAUUCUGGUAUAUUUUAUAUUCAGGCAUCUUCUGAUCCCUCUAAAGUUAAAAUAUUUCAGAUCGCAGACACUGCUUCGGUUAUUGCUGAACAAUUUUUACUUUUAUUGAAAGGUGUUGUAACAAAAGAGGAACUAAAUCGAGCAAAAACUCAAUUAAAAAGUCAGCUUAUGAUGAAUCUUGAAGUUCGUCCAGUUAUGUUUGAGGAUUUAUCCCGCCAGGUUUUAGGCCACGGUUUGCGCAGAAAACCGUCGGAAUAUGUUGCAAAGAUUGAUGCAGUAACUAGCAACGAUUUAUUAAGAAUUAGCGAGCGAAUGUUGUCGAAAAGACCUUCUAUUGUUGGAUAUGGUGAUUUGAAGAAAUUUCCUGAUUAUAAGCGUUUUUAUGAAGUUUUUGCUAAGCGUUCAAUAUCGGAAAUGAAAAAACGUAGUUUCUUCGGGUUUGAUUCACCGAACAUUUGA